AUGGGACAGCAGCAGGAUAAAAUGGAUGGUGACUAUUUCGACCCAAACCAGUUACCAACUACUGAAAUAACAACUCAGACAACAUACGCUAAUCCCUCUCACUCACAACAACAGCAAUCCGAAGAUUCCAGUAUCAUACUUACACAGAAUGACUCACAUGGCUCUGUUAACUCUGCUAAUAACAGAAGCUCUGAUAACGUCGAUACACACACUGUUGUUCAUACCACCAUUACUACUCAUUCAGCUGAUCGCUCACAAUUACAUGCUGAUCCAUGCCAGGCUUCUUUUUCAAAACAGUUGGAUAAUAUAUCCACUGGUAAACAGUCAGAUAACUCUACUCAUAAUGACAAACAAUCAAAUACAAAUCCCUCUUCUAUAAACAUAUCAUCAUUCUUACUUAAAGAUAAACCGUCUUUACGUGAUGGUCUCACAAACGGAUUAUUAAUACAACAACCGCCGUUGUUCGUGGGUAACAAACAAGAACAAAAACACAAAAACACUGCAAGAACGUCUGCAAUAAAUACAAAAUGCAAUGAGAAGAUUAUAGCAAAUACGAGUCCGAACACUGAUAAGCCCGCAAAGCCCCUGCAAACGCCGACAAAUUCUACCUCACCCUCUUCCUUAGUGAAUAAAGACAAACCUUACACAAUUCCUCCUGCCGUGGCUGCCGACGUUCUUAAAGAAAUGAUGGCGAACAAACCAGACUCAUCGACACUGCAAAAAGUUGAAUCACCACAUCCUGGAAACGUUCGCAAGUCGGACGCAUCGGGUAGUAAGUUUAAGUUGAAGAAUGAUGGAUCAAGUAGGAAGCAUGAUGUUCUCACGUCUCAUUAUAAUCACGUACUAAAUUACAAAUUACAUCAGAUGCCUCCUUUCCUUCAAAAUUCUCCUUCCCAAAUAUCGCGGACAAGAAUUUCUUCGUUCCAAACUUUGUUUCCCCAUCCUCAUCCACCACAUGCACAACUGGCUUCCUCUAAGAACCCCUUUCAAACCGCAUUACAACCACAAACGCAAUAUUCUUCCUUAUCGUCUAAUCAAUCAUCACCAACGGAUAUGGGAAUGAAACUCAUGGGAUUGUCGUUUGCACAACCAGCAAUGGAUGAAAGUAGCCCCCCAACAUUGACCCGAUCAUUACAAGAGCCUGUCUCUCGGCAGAAAGCCGAUGUGCCAUCUUCUCCAAACGCUCAGAAGUCUUCCUCACAUUUAUUUUUCCCCGAUUUCAACGGAUCAUUUGAUUUUGGCCUACCUUCAAAGAAUGCGGAAGAAAUUCGCGUGUCGGCUGACGGAAUCGCAACAGUCAUAGGAGUAAGGGAUGGGAGUAGUACGCAGAAUACUAGAGGAACUGGCGAAACGUCUCCAAAACCGUUCCAAUCCACAUGCCAGUCCUAUCGACCCAUACGGCCACUUCCAACACGUGCGAAAGCACGUUUAUCCAGUAAUGCAUCAUCCCAUCCUAAUUUUGAUACUCCCAACAAUAAUAAUAUAGAAGUCACAUCUCUUGGGUUAAACUUUAAAGGUGAAAUUAACAAUCCUAUUAUCUCCUCUGGAUUCAAGCAUACUCUUUCAAUUAUUGGAACAUCGAUGGCCGCACCGUCCUUGUUCACGUUCGCUACGCCAACAGGUUCGGACGUCAUAGAUGAUGACUUCGAAAUCGAUGAUGAUGAUGGGGGAAAUGAGUCUGGAGGAGUUGGAUGGUUAGAUAAUGCUAACAACAAGAAAAAGCGCAAAGCCCUACAGACUGUUGGAGGAAAUUCCUUGUCAACAGGAGGUGCGGUGAAAUCGAUAUCAAGCAAGGAUCGUACGAGCCCUUUACGGAGAACAGAUAGACGCCCUGCACCUCGUUCUGCGGCAUUGAGCAAACCUUCACCUGAUGCUUCUGAUAUAGCCUCAGCAACGGCCAAUAUUACCUUACCAUCUGUUUCUCUUCCAUCAGAUAACAUAGUUCAUCCACCUCAAACAGAAUUCGAGUUCUCUUUCAAAACGGUAUCAGAGAAGUCAACAUACGAUGUUACCUCAGUUGCUAAUGCGUCAAACGUAAAGAAGGUAUCUGUGGGUUCAACGAUUCGUCAUAUUGCAAAGUUAGAGCCGUUACUUACAGGAUCAUCGUUUGCGGGAAAACAGCAAUUGGAAGAUCAACGUCAGUCGGAAGAGUUACAGCAGUCAAGGGUAAUAUUACAGCAUUCAGAAGGACUACAGCAUUCAAAAGGGCAACAGAAUUCAGAAGGACUUCAGCAUACAGAAGGGAAACAGAAAUCUGAAGGAGUACAGUCGGAAGGACAACAAUUGGAGGGAAAACAACAAUCGGAAGGAAAACAACCAUCCGAAAGAGAAAAGCAGUCGGAAGGAAAGCAACGACAACAGUCAGGAACGCAGCGGCAACCGGGAUCGUACCGACAAUUAGAAGAACAACGACAAUCAGAAGAACAACGACAGUCGGAAGAACAACAGCAGUCGGGAUCACAGCGGCAAAUAGGAAUACAACAACAGUCUGAAAGACAAAAGAGUGCUCCACGGAGAAGAACGAGUAGCAAUGGAAGCAGCCAUACAUCAAGUAUGGGUGUUAUAGGGGCGACCAUUGAGACUACUGCGGGCGGAGGAAAUAGUCAUAGUAACGUUAAUAUAAACAUAAACCGCACAAACAACUCAAAUCAUGUGAACGCUGGCCUUGCUAGAAUUGAGCCUGCCAUACAGCAACAGCCACAAACGCAACGGAGGAAAGGACCCAAACAUUCUGCUAUAUCGAAUGCGAAAGACUCAUCAAUGAUUACAAAAGACGUUUCCCAAAACACUAUCUCCAAUGCUGAGACUAAUACUGCUUCUCCUACAACCACCCCAGAACGAGUACAAACGCCCAACAAUCAGCACAACGUGCAAAAGCUUGCAUCUCAAGUAUCACAUCCAGUCGCAACAGUGAAACGACCUCCCAAUGCUAGGAAGAAAAAGAAUAAGAAAAACGGAUCUCCCACCCCGCAAGCACAGAAUACUAUAAAUUCUAAUGCCUCGUCCGCGCCUUCAACAAUAUAUAAUGCCCCGGGCCAGAACUCUCAUCCUCACCAUUUUCAACGAGAACCACUUUCUCCGUCAAUGCUAGGCUUCUCGCAUCACACUUCUCAUAAUUCAUCGCAACAUGAUGACGCAUCGAGUACGACAGGCUCGAUAGACACACAGCCGAUGUCCGCUCCGACACCAGCAAAUAGGCGAAGAUUUAAAUUGCAGGAUAAGGGUGGAGAGUGGAUCUGCAUGUUCUGUGAAUAUAGAUUGUAUUAUGGUGACGGAAAAAGAGUCAGAAAAAGAAAUAAGGGAGGAAGUGGACGCGGAAAUGUUGAUGAGCGUGGAGGAGGAAAUAGUAACACUAGUGGAAGCAGUAGUAGCAACGUGACCAGUGCUGGUAGUCCCACAAAUGAUAAUGGGAAUAAUAACAGUGCUAAUAUAAGGAAUAAUGGUAGGAAUGCGCUCGAAGCGUUUGGUGUUAAACAUGCUACAAUAGAUUACCAAACCUGA